AUGAUCCCAUCGGUGAAGGAGAGGCAACGCGGGGCGUACGACUUCAAAACAUUCUACGAGGGUGUUUGUGCUCUACACAAUGUGGCGCCACUUCAAAGUAUCACGUGUCAUCUGGCGGAAGGGAUUCUUGAUGUAAAUGUGGACCGAAUCCGCGCAUCCGAUUGGGAUCCAAUCUUCAAAUCUUUGCGAAUCAAUAAAAAUUUAAAUUUUGUCGCUUUUCGAAGUUUUAUCAACGCGAAUGAUGAAAGCGGCUCUUCAUUCACCGCAUAUCGACGCCCGACUCCUUCGCUACUGGCCAGUGCAACAGUUAAACGGAGCUUGUGUCGGGCCUUACGAUCCACACUCCGUUUGUCGAGUGCUCUCACCCUGCUGGAACUGCAAAAUAUUCCCAUCAGUGUUGCUGAAGUUAUCGUCUUGUGCGAAGUGAGUUCCAGAUGUCAUUGUAUACAGCUCUAG